AUGGCGAACGGAAUCUUCAAUUCCACCUAUUAUGGCAAGGACUACACGCCCGGCGCCGCUCUGUUGCGCGCCCGCCGCCCAUAUUUGAUUAAGAACGCUGUCACCGGCCUCGGCCUCGUCGCAUUCACCCUCAGUGUCUAUGCCUACACUAUCCGUGCUGUCGGCCAAGAUGACUUUUCCGAUGUCAAGGUCCCCGAGGCCCCAAAGACGCCCGAGCAGAAAUAA